ACUUUUUAGUUUGAUUUUAAAUUUCAAGUGAAAUUGUAUUUUUUAUUUCGAAAUUUUUGGCCCUAAUUUUAUCCAGCAAUGAGCGCAAUCUCGGCGCUGGCCCACAGUCUGCUUCAGCAUGGCAUUUCCAAGAGCAGCACACGCUGCUCUUCAACAGCGUUAUUUGUACCUUUCGCUCGUGUUGAGAAUUGCAAAGACAAAGAUUUAACCAGCGUGGAAGCUGCAUUCGAGCAGGACACGAGUCCGCUUAAGCUCAAUCUUUGUGGCGAUCACUAUCGCAGUCCAAAUGGCAAGCCGUAUUUAUUUCAAGCGGUGCGUAAGGCAAGAGUUGCUGUGAUCUGUGAUGACACUUUGUCGCAUGAACCGUUGCCACCACUUGGCAAUCAAGAGUUCAAUCGUAUUGCCAACGAACUGAUCCUCAAUAAGGCAGCCCCAGCCAUAACUCAGCAGCGUGUGCUCGGCAUUCAAUCGCGCUCCGGCUUAGAUGCACUGCGUUUGGCGGCGCACUUUCUUCGUGAUAAGAUGAAGUGCAAUGUCUGCCUCCUCGCUCGUCCUUGCUCGGAGCAUUUCGAGCCCAUCUUCAAGCGAGCUGGUUUCACCUGCCACAGUUAUCAGUAUUACAGCGAGGAGAAGGUCGAGUUGAACAUCUAUGGACUGGUCGCUGACUUGAUGACUGCACCGGAAGGCGCAGUUAUCGUUAUGGAUGCUUGUGCUCAGAAUCCCACCAGCUUGUCGCCCACCAUCGAUGAGUGGAAACUGAUUGCUCACAUUGUCAAGUGCAAGAAAAUGAUUCCCGUUUUCAAUUUGGAGUUCCAUGGCUUGGCCAGCGGUGAUACCAGCCAGGAUACGUGGCCUGUGCGAUACUUUGCCGAGUUUGGCCUUGAUUUACUAUGUGUGCAGUCGUUUGUACAGAACUUUGGACUCUACGAUGAGGCGCUGGGUCAUCUGAUGGCUGUGGUCAGCAAUGCCACGCACUUGGAGUCGGUGAAGGAUCAGCUGGAGAGCUCUUUACUGGAGCACAAUGCACAGUGCUCUUCAGUGUUUGCAAGUCGUGUGGUGUCCAAAGUCCUGACAAACUCAACACUGCGUCAAGACUGGGCUCUGACGCUCAAGGAUAUACAUCAGAAUAUGCGGCAAAUGCGUUUAGCGUUGAGCAAUAAGCUGGAGAUCCUUAGGACGCCCGGCAACUGGGCUCAAAUGAAGGACCAACAGGGUCCCCAUCUCUACACAAAUCUGAAGAUGCCGCAACUGAAGGAGCUACGCAGUCGCCACAUCUAUGUGCCAAAUUCCGGACGCAUCAAUGUGGGUGCCCUGAGGCCGAACAAUGUGGAUUAUGUGGCUGGUGCCAUCAAUGAUGUAAUGAUCUCAACAGCCAAAGCCGACGCUGCUGCUGUCAAGACGAAGGAAACUAAUUUAAGUGCUAUGCAGUGUCUGCAGCAUUUGAAUGCGCCCUAAAUGCUGGUUAACUAAAUUCAAAUUCAAAAUCCAUUGUAAAUGCAAUUUCAAUAAAAAAAGAAAAACACGAGUAAACUAA